UCCUCGGUCCAGCGCUGUACAGUCCAAAGUCUCUGGUCAUCUCCUGUACUGUCUGCAGUCUCUGGUCAUCUCCUGUACUGUCUGCAGUCUCUUGGUCAUCCCCUGUACUGUCUGCAGUCUCUGGUCAUCUCCUGUUCUGUCUGCAGUCUUUUGGUCAUCCCCUGUACUGUCUGCACUCUCUGGUCAUCUCCUGUACUGUCUGCAGUCUAUUGGUCAUCUCCUGUACUGUCUGCAGUCUCUGGUCAUCUCCUGUACUGUCUGCACUUUCUGGUCAUCUCCUGUACUGUCUGCAGUCUAUUGGUCAUCCCCUGUACUGUCUGCAGUCUCUGGUCAUCUCCUGUACUGUCUGCAGUCUCUGGUCAUCCCCUGUACUGUCUGCAGUCUCUGGUCAUCUCCUGUACUGUCUGCAGUCUAUUGGUCAUCCCCUGUACUGUCUGCAGUCUCUGGUCAUCUCCUGUACUGUCUGCAGUCUCUUGGUCAUACCCUGUACUGUCUGCAGUCUCUGGUUAUCUCCAGUACUGUCUGCAGUCUCUUGGUCAUACCCUGUACUCUCUGAAGUCUCUGGUCAUCUCC